ACUCGACGAAAGUUGUAUGUUUUCGAGAUCACAGUACGAGCGAAAGAAGGGCACACUACUUGAAAACGUUCUUAUAUUUAUGAGAAGGCUAUAAAUGUCACUUGAAAAUCGCUAAAAGGAAAAUAUUUUUUUUCUUGUCAAAAUUAGGAAACGAAAACUAGAGAUGCAUUUGCACAAUGGACAAGGCUGCUGACAAAACUUACGUAAGCUUAUCCAGGUUUUGACAAGACUAGUAACUAUACACGCUCUCUCAACCCGUUCUGUCUUGGUUGAAACAAAAUGGAUGCAUCCAUGGAAUGUUUAGCGGAAAGACCAGAGGGAAAGAAAGAGGAAAACGCCAUGGAAUGUGAAAAGACUAACUCCGGUAGCUACAAGACAAAAAGCUAUGGUAUUUCAAUCGACUCUGGUUUGAUUCGCUCUGUACCGGUGGAGGAGCAGGCUUCAGUAUUAAGAAACUUGGGUGUGAAUGUGUUCAAUCAGGAUGAAUUUGAAGAAGGAGUUUUAAAACAGGUCGACGAGGCCAUUGCUGUGAAAGAGACCGAGGAGAUCGUGAGAGGAUGGGAGAGAAACUUGAAAGCUGUUGAUGAAGAUAUCAAGUCUGUGGAAAAUGAAUUGCAAAAGAUUGACAAGAUACUGGAAAGACUUGAGGGUAAAAGUGCAACAGGUUAUGAAUCAUGGCAUAGAGCCCAAGCAGUGCAAAAGCAAAGAGAUAACAAGUUGCGACAGUUAAAGAAACUACAAGCCACUCAAAAGUCAUUGCAUCACAAGUUAGGUAUCAGCAAGGAGGGUGAAGAAGAACAGGAAGAUGAACACGAGACUUCUGGUGACAAUUCUCAAGUUGAUAAGGAAAGCAGUAAACUUCUGCUUCCUGGAGGAAAUCAAUCAGAGCAAGAUAAGUUGAUUAAGACUGGAGAGAUGACACCAUUUGGAAGGACUGUGCAGAGCACUAAAGGAAGAAAAGAGCAGCAUGAUGGAAUCACAGACUGUGGUCACAGUAAUACUGAUCUGAAGGAUGCGCGAGAUCCUGAGUUGGAUUGCAGUGCAACCCAGAACGUUAAGGCAUGUCAGGCAAACAACAAAUCUCUUGCCAGAUCUGUAACAGAGAAUGAUGACAAUGAUGAUGAUGUUUACGAUGAUGAAUAUGUUCCAGAUGAAAGUGAACUUAAGUACAGCUGGUACGAGGAUGAGGAUGAAGAGGACACAGAAAGAACGCCAACAAAAGCAGGGAAACAAAUGACAAGGAAACAUUCUUUGAACGUUGUCUACAGAGGAGAAGACAGUCCCAAAGCAAAGAAGAAAAAGCGAACUAACAAGUCUGUAAGAAGGACUGACUGCAGACCUGUUGAUGAUGGAAGUGAGAAAGUUUACCGCCAAAGAAUCAGGGAGCUGCGAAUCAAAGAAUUGCUCAAAAAGAGGAGUGAUUCCCAAGCUGAAGAAAGUGACGAAGAAGAGUUUCCUGACAUGGAAUUUGACAAAGGGCUUAAGAUUCCAGGCAAAAUAUGGCACAAAUUGUACAAAUACCAGCAGACAGGAGUACAAUGGCUGUGGGAACUUCACUGUCAACAGGCUGGCGGCAUUGUUGGUGAUGAGAUGGGGCUGGGGAAAACUAUUCAGACAAUUGUUUUUCUAGCUGGGCUGCAAUACAGCAAGAUAUCAGCAAAAAAAUCUAAGCGAGGUGGCCUGGGUCCAGUGUUGAUUGCAUGUCCAGUCACAGUUCUUCAUCAAUGGGUGCAGGAGUUUCAUAUAUGGUGGCCAGAGUUCAGGGUGGCUGUGCUUCAUGAGACAGGAAGUUAUCAAGGAUUCAAGCAAGAGCUGAUAAAGAAAAUCUGUAGUGAGAAUGGUGUGUUAGUGACGUCUUAUUCUGGACUGCGUCAACAUCAGGAACGCCUUCUUGCACAAAGGUUUGACUAUGUCAUUCUGGAUGAGGGACACAAGAUAAGAAAUCCUGAUGCAGAGAUAACCUUGGCUUGUAAACAGUUCAGAACGUGUCACCGCAUCAUCCUGUCAGGCUCACCCAUGCAGAACAACUUAAGAGAGCUGUGGUCGCUGUUUGACUUUGUGUUUCCUGGCAAGCUUGGCACCCUACCCGUGUUCAUGACUGAAUUCUCUGUGCCGAUAACUAUGGGAGGAUACAGUAAUGCUACUAAAGUGCAGGUUGAAACAGCGUACAAGUGUGCAAGUGUUCUCCGAGACACGAUCAACCCGUACCUGCUGAGAAGACUGAAGAAAGACGUUAACAUGAGUUUGGAGCUUCCAACAAAGAACGAGCAGGUUCUCUUCUGUCGUCUGACUCAGGAGCAGCGUGAGCUAUACCAGCAGUAUUUAGACUCCAGUGAAGUGCAAGCGAUUCUGGCUGGAAACUACAAGGUUUUUCCGGGUCUCAUUAUGCUGCGGAAGAUUUGCAAUCAUCCUGAUCUAACAUCAGAGGCCGGCUCUCUAUGGAAGGCCAAACAAGAUGCUCUAAAGGCUGAACUUGGGGAGGGGGGUGAGGAGGACGAGGUUGACUGUGAUGAGGGGUAUGGGGGUGCGAGACGAUCCGGAAAGAUGAUCGUUGUUGAAGCUUUGUUGAAGAUGUGGCAUGAGCAAGGACAUCGAGUUUUACUGUUUUCACAGACCAGGCAGAUGUUAAACAUCCUAGAACAGUUUGUUUCAUCCAGAGGCUACACGUACUUCAGACUUGAUGGUUCCACGCCGGUUGCCUCAAGACAGCCCUUGAUCAAAAACUUCAACGAGGAUCGUUCAGUUUUUAUGUUCAUUCUCACCACUCGUGUUGGCGGCUUGGGCGUGAAUCUAGUGGGCGCAGACAGGAUUAUCAUUUAUGACCCUGACUGGAACCCGAGCACUGACACCCAAGCACGAGAACGAGCCUGGAGAAUCGGUCAGAAGAAACACGUGACCAUCUAUCGUCUAAUUACUAGUGGAACAAUAGAGGAGAAGAUCUACCAUCGACAAAUUUUCAAACAAUUCCUCACUAAUCGAGUGCUGAAGGAUCCAAAGCAACGGAGGUUCUUCAAGUCAAACGAUCUUUACGAGCUCUUCACUUUGGACAAUUGCGACAAGCGAUACGGCACUGAAACUAGCGCCAUCUUUGCUGGCUCGAACUGCGAAGUCAAAGUCCCUGGAUCCCGCAAGAGAAAGAAGAAGGAAACAGAGCGAGAGGAACUGGAAAGAGCUAAAUCUGCGAAGGCGUUGAAGCAAACGGUGAAAGAAUCCAGCAAGACAGGGCUCGAUGACGAAACGAGUGGAGGAGCGUUUUCCAUCGACUGGAGAGACAUUGAAGAAGCACGAAGCUUGACAAAGGAUAAAGAAGGGGAGGAAGAAAUAGAGAAAGAAGCAAAAGGAACUCAGGAGAAAACCAGCGGAGAAGAGGUUACGACGCAGUUAGUCCUUUCUAAUGGCGGAAAAGAUGACAUAAGUGGAACACUGGCUGAAGUCCCCAAUAAAGAUUUAGUGGUAGAACAAAUAGAAUCUGCUUCAUCUGCUAAUGACGUUUCGACAUCUAAAGCAGAUGAAGGGCGCAUUCCGAGCCAAAGUGAAAAAGAAACGGAACCAAAGAGAAAAAAUACGGUGACAUUUGCGGAAGACGACCUUGUUCUUAAGGAAGGUGACAAGGCCAGUCCACGAAAAGCGACUGUUACAUCAAAAAAGGGCAAGAAAAAGUUUGCGUCCUUGAGCGACGAAGAGCUAAAAAAGCGAAUUAGAGUGAAACAAAAGAAGAAGAAACGACGACGGGCAAAACUGGACGGUAAGCACAUCGACCACCUGGACUAUCAUGAGAUUUACAACCCACAGAACACGAGCCAGUCAAGUGCAGAGGAAAUGGAAGAACAGAAAAAACACAGCGCUCGUCAGGACGAGUUUAUUUUGAAACAUCUCUUUAGGAAAACAGGUGUACAUAGCGCCUUAAAACAUGACGUCAUCAUGGAGUCAAGUAAUCCCGACGUAGCACUGGUUGAAAGUGAGGCUAACCGUGUUGCAGAGAAUGCUGUCAAGGCGCUCAAAAAGUCCCGCCAACGAUGCCUGAGUGCAGUCAGCGGUGUUCCCACUUGGACAGGCGCGUCAGGCUCAUCUGGUCUGUCGGAGCUACCUUCAAAGAGGCCGCGUUUCGGACAGAAAAAGAAGCUUGGCACAGAGGAAGGUCCAAAGACUUCCUCCAGUGUGGAACCCAAGCCUCACUUCAGCGGCGAUGUGAUGGGCAUGAGCAGUGCCACAGUAGAAGGCUCAGAACCAGUUCACUCCAGUCAACUGCUGGCCAAAAUGAGGGCGCGAAAUAAUAUGUUGCCUAGCGACGACGCAGGGAAUAAGAAUGACGAUUUACUUGUCCAAAUACGGAAUUUCAUUGCGUCACAAUGCACAACGAUUGGACAAGCUACCACGCAAGAGAUUCUGGAUGAAUUUGGUUCAAAACUUCCACAGAGUGACUCGGUCGUGUUUCGCUCCAUGCUGAGGCAGAUUUGCGCUUUUACAAGAGAUUCUUUAUCGGGAAAGGGCAUUUGGUUGUUAAAGGAAGAGUUUAGAUAAAGUAUCCCUCGGCUCUAUAAGAGAAGUCAAAAAGAAAAAAAUUGCGUUCAAGAAAGUUUUAACCUUGCGCAGAAACGGCAAGCCAAAAGACGGAAAAUCUAGUCAGAUUGCAAAGCACCUGCUGGUACUUUGUCUAUUGGCGGAUAAUUGUGAGGUGUAGAGAGAGCUAUAAACAAGUAUUUUAUAGCACGAGUAUUGACUGAAACGAUUUUUAGAUAGGUUUCGCAAAAGCGCUAUAUAAGCGUUUGAAAGUUUUAAACGUGCUCAGAGUAAGACUUUGAAGUAAAGAAAAGUUCUCUUAAAUCGAGAUCUCUAUGUCACAACGAAAAUGAAAGACUGUAAAGAAUAUAUACGACGUGGUGUUGAUAUCUGCACGUGAUAUUCACGUGACAUCUGUAGGUAACACGUCCUUACCUGGCACGCGAUAAUGCAGUGGUCACUUACUGGCUCCGUCUUUUUACUUGAUCUACUUUAGCAGAGUACGAAAACUUCAUAGAGAAAAAUUCUUCGAAUUCAGGUUUUCUGACUGCGAAAGUAUCUCGUCAGUUACGAAUUUAUACAAUAAAAUGAAAAUACCUUAGAUACACGACACUCUUCUUAUUAAAUAUGUACUAUCAGCUGUACUAUUCCUGAUUAAAUGUCUUUUAUUUGUGAA